AUGCUGCCCCACUUCAAGACCUGCUCCUCCAUCCAGACUGGGAAGAGUCACCGUCACGCUGAAGGUAGCUGGAAGUUCACUUUUAAUUAUUCUAAUAUAUUUUUACCCACAGUGUCUGAGAGUUUUUGAGAAACUUUUUGAAGUUCUUGUGGUUGUUUUGACCGGGGUCCAAAAACUCCAGCUUUUCUGGAGAGACUUGAUUUUAGAACUCAUUCAUUUUGUAGUGACCCAUCUUUUUCUGUUUCUCCAAAAACUAUUAGGUGCCAUUACAGAGUCUACGCCGGAGAAGACCUUUGCAGACCCCAUCACCUGCUGGACCCUGUGCCCUUGCGUACCGGGUUACAGGUGAGCAUGGAGUACAGUUUUCACCACAUACAAGAAACCUGGUACAGCAGUUUGAUCAGAUGCACCCAGAUUUCCUAACUUUGCACGUUCCCUUUUCCAAUUUUAAUCUCUCCCAAACACCAGUGCCUUUCCCACUCUGAAGGACGGAUCUACACAGUUCUGGACCUCGUUCUGGACCCACUGAUGUUCAACUGAAGCCUGCACCAGCACAGAAACCUGCCCCUGGACACCAUUGGACUCUACCAGAUGCCGUGGACACCAUCGCUGAAAAGCGGUAUACAGAACAGAGAUAAUGAUUCACUUAAAGGUGAAAAACUGUGCCGAUGUAAAGACCACAUCUGUGUUUUUUUCUUAGGACUACACCGAGACGUGGAUGACCCCCUCUUGCUCCAAGACUCAGCUGAAGAAUGAAGACAAAGACUUCAUCCGCUGA